GUACAUUAAAAUCACCAUUAAUCGUGGCACAACAUGAUUGCCAAAAAUCCGGCUUACUCAGGUUGUUGAGACUUUCCCGUUCAACCACCAAUUGCCAUCUUCGUCUUCCGAUUUUCCAUAUACACAGAUCUUUGGAAUCUGAAUCUAGACAUUAGAACCCCCAUUAAUACAUCUCUCUCACUCUCUCUUGGCUCGAAGAGCAAGAAGCUGAGAGCAGAAGGAAUGGAGAGAAACCCCAAAGCACAGUCUUCCCUUCUUCUUUUCUCUUUAUGCAUCUUGUCAUCGCUUGUUCAUGUACAUGGAAAGAAGCAAGGAGAAGUUCUUGAUUCUCUGUACAAAGCCAAGUCCAAGAAGUCUUGGAUCGACACGAGCCUUUCUCAGGCGAGCGAUCACCAGGAAAUUCUCAAUUCCAGGAUCUAUCGUCAAGAAGGACUCAAGGAGAAAGAUAGGAUCCAAGGGUUGCCUGGACAGCCGCCGGUCGACUUCGAUCAUUAUGGCGGUUACGUCACCGUCGAUGAAUCGGCCGGUCGAGCAUUUUAUUAUUAUUUUGCCGAAGCGGGGCGAAAUAAGGACUUGAUGCCGCUUCUUCUAUGGCUUAACGGAGGUCCUGGUUGCUCAUCCCUCGCCUAUGGAGCAAUGCAGGAACUUGGACCGUUCCGAGUCAAUAGUGAUGGGAAGACUCUCUAUAGAAAUAAAUUUGCAUGGAAUAUUGCUGCGAAUGUGUUGUUCCUAGAGUCUCCGGCUGGCGUCGGUUUUUCUUAUUCUAACACAACGUCGGACUAUAGCACGAAUGGAGACAGCAAAACAGCUGUAGACAAUUAUGUAUUCUUGCUAAAUUGGCUGGAGAGGUUUCCCGAGUACAAGAAUCGCGAUUUUUACAUUUCAGGCGAGAGCUACGCGGGCCAUUACGUGCCUCAGCUGGCUCACAACAUCCUAUACAACAACAGGAAGGCAAACAAGACCCUGAUCAACCUCAAAGGGAUUAUAAUUGGAAACGCAGUAAUCAACGACGAGACGGACCAGAGUGGGAUGUACGAGUACUUCGCUACGCAUGCGUUGAUAUCCGAUGAAACAUGGCAUGCAAUUCAAAAGUAUUGCAACUUCUCACCAAAUGUUACUGAUCAAGUACGCCAAUGCUUUUCGGCUACGUUGGAUGCGGAUAAUGACGUUUCUGCUAUUGACAUUUAUAACAUCUACGCCCCUCUGUGCUCCUCCUCCAACCUGACGGCUCAUCCCAAGCCGACCAACAUCAUGAACUUCGACCCGUGUGGAGACUCCUACGUGCAUGCUUACAUGAACAGAGAAGAUGUGCAAGAGGCGCUUCAUGCCAACGUGACAAAGCUCGAUCACGACUGGGAACCGUGCAGCGAUGUUGUCCAGAGCUGGGGAGAUAGCCCAUCCACCAUCAUCCCUCUCCUCCAAGAAUUCAUGUCCAAUGGACUUCGCGUUUGGGUGUUCAGCGGGGACACCGAUGGAAGAGUGCCGGUGACAUCGACCCAGAGGUCUCUUAGCAAGAUGAACCUCCCAACUAAGAGUCCAUGGCGUCCUUGGUUCAUUGGGGGCGAGGUCGGAGGGUACGUGCAAGUGUACAAGGGAGACUUGACGUUUGCGACGGUUCGAGGAGCGGGGCAUCAAGUUCCGAGCUAUCAGCCCAAGAGAGCUCUCUCUCUCAUCUCUCACUUCCUAGCUGGCUCUCUACUCCCAUCUAAAUAGACCCUUCAAGUGCUUGAAGAUGAUGGAUGAUAAAUGCUUGAGGACUCACUUUUCUCUCCAUUAUCUCUUU